AAAACUAAACAAAGCUUAUUCACCAUUCUCUCUCUCUCUCUCUCUUUCAUUCUCUCAUUUUUUAAUCUCUAAACCCACCAAAACAUAAAACAAUGCCUGAGGCACCAAAGAUCGAAGCUUUGGAGGUUUCUGAUCAGACUCUCGCGGAGAAGAACAAGAACAGACUCCAGUUCAUCGAGGAAGUGACCUCUAACGCUGACGAUGUCCAGAGAAGGGUUCUUGAGGAAAUCCUCUCACGCAAUGCUGACGUGGAGUACCUCAAACGUCACGGGCUCCAGGGACGAACCGACCGCAAGACUUUCAAACACGUCAUGCCUGUCGUAACCUACGAAGAUAUUCAGCCUGAGAUCAAUAGAAUCGCUAAUGGCGAUAAGUCACAAAUCCUCUGUUCUACCCCCAUCUCUGAGUUCCUCACCAGUUCUGGAACAUCUGGUGGAGAGAGGAAACUGAUGCCAACAAUAGAAGAGGAGCUGGACAGAAGAUCACUUCUCUACAGUCUCCUGAUGCCAGUGAUGAGCCAGUUUGUUCCCGGUCUUGACAAAGGCAAAGGAAUGUACUUUCUGUUCAUCAAAUCCGAAUCCAAGACACCAGGUGGUCUCCCUGCACGUCCUGUCUUGACCAGUUACUACAAAUCCUCCCACUUCAAAAACAGACCAUAUGACCCUUACACCAACUACACAAGCCCUAACCAAACCAUCCUUUGUCCUGAUUCAUACCAAAGCAUGUACUCUCAAAUGCUAUGUGGUUUAUGCCAACACAAAGAAGUGCUCCGUGUUGGCGCUGUCUUUGCCUCUGGUUUCAUCAGAGCCAUCAAGUUUCUUGAGAAACAUUGGCCUGAACUAACCCGUGAUAUAAGAACCGGUACACUCAGUUCUGAGAUAACCGAUCUUUUGGUCCGUGAGGCGGUCGGGGAGAUUCUUAAACCGGAUCCAAAGCUUGCGGAUUUUAUCGAAUCCGAAUGCAAGAAGAACUCUUGGCAAGGGAUCAUCACUAGGCUUUGGCCAAACACAAAGUAUGUGGAUGUGAUUGUGACCGGGACAAUGUCACAGUAUAUUCCAACUUUGGAUUAUUACAGCAACGGUUUGCCUCUUGUUUGCACAAUGUAUGCUUCUUCGGAGUGUUACUUUGGUGUGAACCUCAGGCCACUAUGCAAACCAAGCGAGGUCUCUUACACUCUCAUACCGACCAUGGCCUACUUCGAGUUCUUGCCUGUUCAUAGGAACAAUGGGUUCACUAGCUCAAUCAGUCUUCCAAAAGCACUCACUGAGAACGAACAGCAAGAGCUUGUUGAUCUUGUUGACGUUAAGCUUGGUCAGGAGUACGAGCUUGUCGUCACCACCUAUGCCGGUCUGUACAGAUACAGAGUGGGUGAUGUCCUAAGAGUGGCUGGUUUCAAGAACAAUGCACCACAAUUCAGCUUCAUAUGCCGCAAGAACGUGGUCCUAAGCAUUGAUUCAGACAAAACCGACGAGGUGGAGCUUCAAAACGCAGUUAAAAACGCGGUAACACACCUUGUUCCUUUUGAUGCCUCACUCUCUGAGUACACUAGCUAUGCAGACACAUCCUCCAUCCCAGGCCACUAUGUCUUGUUCUGGGAGCUCUACUUGAACGGUAACACGCCGGUUCCUCCCUCGGUCUACGAGGAUUGUUGUUUAACCAUAGAGGAAUCGUUUAACAGUGUGUAUAGACAAGGAAGGGUUAGUGACAAGUCCAUUGGACCCUUGGAGAUCAAGGUAGUUGAGUCAGGGACUUUUGAUAAGCUCAUGGAUUACGCGAUAAGCCUUGGGGCAUCGAUCAAUCAGUACAAGACACCGAGGUGUGUGAAGUUUGCUCCCAUCAUUGAGCUUUUAAACUCUAGGGUUGUUAAGUCUUACUUCAGCCCCAAGUGUCCAAAAUGGACCCCUGGUCACAAGCAAUGGGGAAGUAACUAAAGAGAAAACUAUGAGGAGAAAGAGAGACUCUCUCUAUGUGAUAAAAAGUUUCUAGUCCCAUUUGAACUGUUUCGUAGUCAGAUGAGUAUCGACAAAAGUGGUUAAUCAUUAUGUCCGUCUGUCUGUCUGUCUAAUUUUUAUCUUAAUCUAAUUUUUGCUUUGCUGUGUU